CCCGCCCCCGCCGUACCGUUGGGGGGCGGGGCUGCCGGGAGCCGGGGGAGCGCGGCGCCGCAGGCAUGCGCGCACCGAGUCGGGGUCCGGGUGUCUAAAUCCAAGGCGGCAAGUUCUGGGAGCGGCGUGAAGCGCGAGGAGGCGCCUUCCUCUCUCCGCGUCUUGUCCCCGCGCGCCUGCUGCAGGCGUCAGUCGUCUGGCGUCCUGGCGGCCCUGGAGCAUAAGGGCCACUUGUUCUGAAAUUAUUUUGAUGCAAGAAGUUUUGAAAGAUGGUUUCCAUAGAGACCUUUUAAUAAAAGUGAAAUUUGGAGAGAGCAUUGAGGACUUACAGACCUGUCGACUCUUAAUUAAACACUACAUUCCAACAGGACUUUUUGUGGAUCCUUAUGAGUUGGCUUCAUUACGAGAGAGGAACAUAACAGAGGCAGUGAUGGUUUCAGAAGAUUCUAAUAUAGAAGCCCCUAAUUACUUGUCCAAGGAAUCUGAAGUUCUCAUUUAUGUCAAACAAGAUUCACAGCACAUUGCUUAUUUCCAGGCCCUUCUGCCUGUGCACUACCGUUACCAUCGGCCACAUGGUAAAGAUGAAGAAACUUUUAUUGUGGUCAGUAACCCGGACUUACUGAUGUAUUGUGACCAAGAGUUCCCAGUUUUGAAAUGCUGGGCCCAGUCAGAAGUGGCAGCUCCUUGUGAUUUGAAGACUAAGGAUAUCUGCCAGUGGAACAAUAUGAAGUAUAAAUCAGUCUAUAAGAAUGUGACUCUACAGGUUCCAGUGGGACUGACUGUACAUACCUCUUUAGUAUGUUCUGUGACUCUGCUAAUUACAAUCCUGUGCUCUACGUUGAUCCUUGUAGCUGUUUCCAAAUAUGGUUAUUUUUCCCUAUAGAGUUUAUGCAAUUAGAUGCUUUCUGUAAACCUAAAUAAGACCUAUUUGUGACUAGA